GCUCAGCUGUCCCGUUGCCCUCCUCUGCAAGUCAAAAAUGACUUCCGCUAAGGCUCUUGGCUCACUCAUCGGAUUUCCGGUAAUCUGUGCGGAGUGCUAUGGUAACGCUAUCUGUCUUCCGCCUCUCUGAUUGGCUUGACGCCCCAGUCUUUGCCGGAUACAGUAACUCCUGCAGGGUGUAAGUAAUAAUACUCCGUCGUGUAUCAUGGAAAGCAACCUGGAACGAACCAAAGGUCGACGGUAUGUCACUGGCCUUCCCUGAUUGGCUGGCGUAUCUUAGCAGCCCGUCAUCUUCAAUCCUGAAAGGUCUGUCUGGUACUCUGUCUUGCUUGAGUUCCCCGGCUUGGACCAGUACCUCUUGAAUUUUCCUCAACGGCGGAUGCUUUUUUUUCCCUCUUGUAUUCAUUGAGAGAGAGACACCCUAUUCGAGCCUUCAAAUUUUGAGUUGAUCCCUUGUCAAUCUCGAGCACAUCUCCAUAUCCCUUCCCCGUAUGACACCCCGCUCCGACGUAUUGUAAAAAGGGAGAAGAAGAAGAGAGACACAAAAGAAAUGGCAACCGCUGAGCCCGUUGCCAAAGAGGAACCUAACAACUCCUCAGACACAAGGGCUACAACCAACGACGUCGAGAAGCUCUGUUCUCGGAAUGUCUCGGGCAACGAAGCCGCCCAGUCCAGGCUCUCCGCCUUCAAGUCGCUGGGAUUCCUCGACCGCUUCCUGGCUGUGUGGAUCUUCCUGGCCAUGCUUGUCGGCAUCCUCCUGGGCAACUUUGUGGACGGUGUCGGCCCGGCGUUGCAAAGAGGCACGUUUGUUGGCGUUUCACUACCGAUUGCAAUUGGUCUGCUGGUCAUGAUGUACCCCAUCCUGUGCAAGGUCCAGUACGAGAAGCUGCAUGAGACGGUGUUCAAGACAAGAGAGGUCUGGGUUCAGCUCUGUUUCAGCAUCGUCAUCAACUGGAUCAUCGCGCCGCUCGUCAUGCUCGGUCUCUCCUGGGCUUUCCUCCCCGACGAACAGGGCCUCCGUGAGGGUCUUAUCCUUGUCGGCAUUGCGCGGUGCAUCGCUAUGGUUUUGAUUUGGAACAGCCUCGCCGGCGGCAAGGGAGACUACUGCGCCAUCCUGGUUGCCGUCAACUCGCUUCUGCAGAUCAUCCUGUUCGCUCCGAUCGCCGUCCUGUUCAUCCGCGUCUUCAACCCCCACUCCCAGUCCCCCUCCUCCACCAUCACCGUCUCCUACUCGACCGUGGCCACCUCGGUCGGCGUCUUCCUCGGCAUCCCCCUCGGCGCAGCGAUCCUCACCCGCCUGGCCCUCCUCCCCCUGCUCGGCGCCGACCGGUACCGCUCGCACUUCCUCCGCUUCGCGGCGCCCUGGUCCCUCAUCGGCCUGCUCUUCACCAUCCUCGUGCUGUUCGCCUCGCAGGGCCGGCAGGUCGUGCACCAGAUCGUCGCCGUCGUGCGCGUGGCCGCCCCGCUGGUCGUCUACUUCGCCCUGGUGUUCCUGGCCACGCUGGCCGCGGCCCGCCGCCUGGGCUUCGGCUACGGCUACGCCGUCACCCAGAGCUUCACGGCGGCCAGCAAUAACUUUGAGCUGGCCAUUGCCGUGGCUGUGGCCGCGUUCGGCCCUCAGUCGGACCAGGCGCUGGCGGCGACCGUGGGGCCGCUCAUUGAGGUGCCUGUGCUGUUGGGGUUGGUGUAUGCGGUGAAGUGGUUCGCGAGGAGGAGAGAUUGGAAAGAGUAGUCAGCCCGUUUCCAAGAGGAGAGGGAAAGGGCGGGAAAGGGGCAGGGGCCAAAAAGUGAGAAGGCUUGAGUAGACGAACGGCGGCUGAUUUGAGUAUAAAAUUGAGUGCAUGAUAGUUUCAGAAUGGCGUAAGAUGAAGGCGUGUUGACUGCACAUGGUGAACCUAGAGGCCAUGGAAACACCUGGCGGUCGAGGGGUCUGUGGGUGUCAAAGGCUGAGUAACACAUGGUCAACUAGUAGACCCCC